CUUAUGUAGAUUUAAUAUUUAGACCAAUAGAAUGUUGAGCUGUAAUAUUUUUUCGCAGAUAACAAUUUUUAUUAUCUCUUUAUUAAAGUGAUAAUUGAACAGUAAAAUUCUUCUUUGAAAGAGAAAAUGAAAAUUGCAAUUAUUGGAGGUGGUGCAGUAGGUUUAACUACUGCACUACAAGUACAACGUACAUUGCGUAAUGCUCAAAUAACUAUUUUUGCUUCCGAUUUUGAUAAUAUUGUUAGUAAUGUCGCAGCUGGAAUAUUUCGUGUCAGUUCAUCAUAUAGCGGACCUACCGAAGAGAUAACAAGGAAAUGGAUAGAAGAUUCGUAUUCAUAUUAUGACAGUAUAUGUAAACUAUCAGAUGCAUCUCAAGCAGGAAUAACAACUAUCUCGGGUUAUAUGUUUGCUAAUUCUCCAGGCAUUAUAAAGAACCCUUGGAUGGAAAAAUUGGUACCAAUAUACAGAAAUGUAACAGAAGAAGAAUUCCAAUUAGUGAGAGGUAACUGGAAAUAUGGUUGUUUCUUUACAACACUACUUACGGAAUGUAAAUUAUAUCUUCCUUGGAUAUUACAACAAUUAAAACACAAUGGAGCUGUUGUAAAGAAACAGAAAAUAGAUUCAUUUAAAGAAUUAACUACAGAAUAUAAUAUAAUAAUGAAUUGUACUGGACUCGGAGCUAAAAAUUUAUGCAGUGACAGACAUAUGGUUCCAAUACGUGGACAAGUCAUUAAAGUUGCUGCUCCUUGGUUAAAAACUUUUUUCUAUGGUGAGCUAGAUACAUAUAUAAUUCCUGGAUUUAAUGGAGUAGUUACUUUAGGUGGAACUAGAAAUUUUGAUUCUGAAAAUAUGAAGUUAUGUCCAUAUGAAUCUGCUCAAAUUCGUACACGAUGUGAGACACUUGUGCCAUCUUUACGAACGGUUGAAAAUAUACGAGAAGAAGUAGGUUUAAGGCCACACAGAGAUGGUGGUGUUAGAGUAGAAGCAGAAUUCACUGCUAAUGGAUAUACUAAAACUACGAUAAUACAUAAUUAUGGGCAUGGCGGUUAUGGUGUUUGCACAGCUCCUGGUACUGCUCAAUAUGCUGUACAAUUAGCUAUAAAUGCUCACAGAUCAUCUAUCGCAAAACUGUAACUGAUGUAUAAUACAUGUUAAUACUCAGAAUUAAUAAUUAAUAUUUGUAAAGAUAUCAUUUUUAUGCCUGAUAAAAUAUGGCUUGAUAAAUAUAUAUUUUAUUACCGAAUCUAUAAAAAAAAAAAAAUUAAAUACUAAUACUGUAUGAUAUCACACCUGCUCUUUGUUUUGUACAAGCUAUUUCAAAUUAUAUAAAAAAUUCUAAUAUUUAAUUUUUAUGAACUUGAAAAAUUAUGUUGUAUAUUUGUAGGUAACUUUUUGAAAAUUAUAUAAUUAUUAAUAAAUAAAUAUAUUUUAUUUUGUUUUUUAAUUUAAAAUGUUGUGAUGAAGUUAUAAAAUUCUAAAUAUUUUACAAAUUUCGAAAAUUUCAAUUACUAUAAAAGUGUAAGCUACAAUAAAUGAACAAAGCAUUCCGUAUCAA